AAGAGAAACAAAACCCCGGUGUUAUAGUGAGGGGAUACACAGCUGAACACGCAACACCCAGCAACAGCCUCUGAAAAAAUAACCAUUUGUGAAGACUCCAUGAAGAUCAAUGUGAUUUGGUCGAGCCUGUGAGAAUGGAAUAAUUUCACAAUGAAUUUUUGAAGGUUUCAUUGUCAUUCGGGUCUAAUAACAGAAGAGCUUCUUCAUAAACCAGCACCUUCUAUUCCUGGACACUCUUGGUCAAGUGACUCUAACAAAGCAGCUGGGUGGAAAUGUAUAGUGCCUUGUUCAGGGCUACAUUAUUAAGUCUUCCCACCAGAGCAAUUUUACAUUAUAAUUUAGUAUAAAAAAUAAAGGUAAAGAAUUUCCCGACUGAGGAGAGAGAUUUGUGUUGUUGCUGCAAUAGGCCCAGAGUGAGUAGGGAUUUUCUAGAGAUUUUACACCUGCCCCAAGGACACUAUAACAGAAGAGACACUCGUGGUGGAGACCAAACCGAAUCCUAGACCUUUUCAGUGAAAGGAUUCCACCUGCUGAAUUCUUUGCCCAUCUUCUGACCAUGCUGUACCUAAAGAAAUACUUCACAGAGGGUCUUAUUCAGAUGGCCAUCCUGAUGAGUCUCUGUGGAAUGAGGGUUGAUGUGGGACUGGAGUCCUAUCUGCAUCCUUCUUGGCAUGAGAUGAUCCUGGGUCCGAUGUCGGCACUGACCCAAACACAGUUCCACAACCUCCGCAACCGCCUGGAGGAUGGCCAAGGUCUGCACCCCAAGAGUGUCGACCUGGACAGUUUUUUUACAACACGAAGGCUGCUAGGCUGGGUCCACUCUCUGGACAGGCUACAGGUUCCUCAAGUAGAGCUGGAGACAUGGUUGGUCCACAGGGAGCCAGAUCCUCUCCCCAUGGGAUGUCCAAACCAGCCCUUCCCACUGGAGAGAGCUCCUGCAGGGGUAGAGAGAGCUCUAGCUGGUCAGCCCGUGGAGCCCACAGCUAGACUUGGUAACAUGCAGGAAGAGGAGGAGGAAGAUGAUAAAGAGACUUCUUUCUCCCUUGAAGAGUGUUUAAGGCUGCUGGAAGAAACACUGCCUUUCACAGAGGAACAACAGUUAAGUGAUGUGGGCAGCAGAGAGGGAGACCUAGACGAGCACCCCCUAGAUGCGGAGGCCCUGCCAUCCCCCAUCAUCUCCACUGAUAACCUCUCCUUGAAUCUGGAGCUGCACUGGCAGGACCUGUUCUCCAUCAUGGAGCCUGAGAACACAGAUGUUGACAUGACUUCUUUUGACCAUACGUUGGAUUCAAGACCAUCUGGAACUUUUCUGGGGGUUGGGUCUGAAGCUCUGCACCAAAACGCCAAUAACCUUGACAACGGUAUAGGAGAGGUUGGUCAGGAGGUCCAUCUAAUGGGGACUCCCCUGCAGCAUGGUUUGUUGGGGUCUCUAGGACAGCCAGAGCAAGCCCUUCUUCCCCUUACCCCCAGCGCAGAGCUGGAUGACCACAUUUCAGCCUUCGACACAAGGGACACUUUGAAAAACUCCAAUGUAAAUACCUUGCACAGUCAUCCAGAUCACAUGAAUCUCUUGUCAGAAGAUUUCUUCAGGAGACUAAAUGCGGGAGAUAAUUUGAAUUCCUUCAACAAUAACCUGCCAGAUGAAGCUCUUGUAGAUAACAUGGAAGGCCGUCCUUACCCUGCAAAUCUCACCAGGUUUGAUGUUAACAGGCAUUACUUGACACUUUCUAGUUAUGCCACAUCUCUGGAUGAGAAUGAUGUGACCCAAGACCUUCUCACAUCUCGUUCCAGUGUCUUUCUUGUUGACAACGAGGAGAAUAUUGAGGAUGUAGAUGGUCUCCACAGCCCACUUAGUGAUCUCAUAGAUGAUGAAGCCAUCUUGGAUGAUAUUAAAUUGUUGGACCUGGUUCUGGAGGAAGGGUUCAGUACUGAGAUGGCAGCCAGGCUGGAUGCAGAGGGCUACCCUGACCAUGAAAUAGCACAAGAGAAGAAUGGCAACCAUUCAGUAUCUAGCAUGGCAGUCACAGAAGAUCAGAGUCAGCCAAGAAGACAUCAGCAAGGCCUUGAGGAUGAGGCAGACUCAGACUCUGGCCUUUCUCUGGACUUCAGCCACAGCCCUGCUUCUCCAAGCACUUCUGAGGCCUCCUCUUAUUCUGCUUCCUCCUCCUCUUCAUCAGACUCCUUGUCAUCUUGUGCAUCAACUGUGGGAAGGCCCUUCUCCAGAGAUGUGGAUGAUGCUACUGAGGAAGGGUUAUUUGGUUCAGAAAUGGAAGUGGAGGUGACCAUAAAGCAGGAGGAAGAGGAGGUGGAGGUGGGAGCAGUAGGUGGAGGGUAUCCUGAAGAUGUUAAACUAUUCCCUGCCAACUAUAACAAUCACAGGCUGGUUAAAGGCUUUCCUCGGCUGGAGCAUAUUGACCAUGAUCACACAUACAACCACCCUUAUUCCUCUCCAUCCCUGGGCAAGAUGCCCACCAAACAUGCAAAAUCCUCCCUACGAGACAAUGCAAGGCCAUACCACAAUGCCAGACGCAUGUCUGAGACCGAAAUGUGGAGCCAAGAUGAACAGCGUGCACGAGCCCUAAAGAUUCCUUUCUCCAAUGAGCUGAUUGUUAAUCUGCCAGUGGAGGACUUUAAUGACCUACUGAUCAAUUGCCAACUUGAUGAGGAUCAGCUCACCCUCGUCAGGGACAUACGACGCCGUGGUAAGAACAAGAUAGCUGCCCAGAACUGCAGAAAGAGGAAAAUAGAUGUGCUGGUGGGACUGGAGGAAGAUGUGUCCAAAUUGAGGCGCCAGCAUUCACGGCUGUUGAGAGAGAAACAGGAAAAGCUGAGGAACCUGCAGGAAAUGAAACGCCGCCUGGCCAGCUUGUACCAGGAAGUCUUUUCCAGGCUAAGGGAUAAGAAUGGAAGGCCUCUGGACACUACAGAGUACCUGCUUAAUUUUGGGCCUGAUGGUAGCGUCACAGUAUCUUUACGCCAACAAGGGGCAUUGCUGCCUGGAGCACAAAACAGCAAGAAACAGAGAUAAGAAAAAGUGAAGAGUUGGACAGUCUCAUCACAGUAGUUUGGGACAAAUGUAGGGAGAAUAAAGGAAUUCCUUAAAAGGAGUGUGGUAAAUGUACAGAGAAAAUCAAGACAGAACAAAAAGGAGUUACUGGAAAGAGGGUGUUAAUUAUCAUAAUGACUGAUAAAAUAACCUUAAUUAU